ACCUAGGAGGUAACAUUGAAAUCACGUCGAGAACUUGGCCUCAAAUCAAAGAGGUAUUUAUAUUAUUGAGUCCCCAGUAGAUCCGAUCCAUUCACAACGACCCAAGGACAUAAGGACAUAAGGACAUAAGGACCAACUUCUCUCACUCACUUCAGUCCUUUCUUCUCUUGUCAUUUCAAUCUUUUCUCCUCUCAAUUUACUUCUUCACCUCUUCUUCAUUAUUUUAUUCUUUGGUAAAACAAUACCAAGUUCCAAUCCUUCCAAUCUUUCAAUUUCGCCUCAUAGCGCAAAAAAACUCGAUAAUCGUUCUCCAUUGGGAAUUCUAACCUUUCCGAUCGUUAUCUAGUGCUUGGCACACAGGAAAACGCGUCCAACCCUCAUUACUGCCCUUACAUCUAGAUUGUGAUCUUUCACAUUAAACAUCUCCAACACAUUUGAAGUAUCAUUGCCCCAAUUCUUCAACAACACAUCUCGCAAUCAUGACUGAAGAAAAGGUUCGAGUUUCCGGAGAGAUCUCCAGGUCGGCAGAUUCUCCCGUCCUUCCUACAGUUAAUCCUGCCGCCGAGAAAUCAGAACCUCCAAAGGCUGCUGUACACCCAGCAUUUUAUGUUAUGACAUGGAUUUUCUUCAGUUCCAGUGUUAUUCUCUUCAACAAAUGGAUCUUAUCGACCGUCGGAUUUCAUUUCCCAAUCUUCCUCACAUCAUGGCAUCUUGGAUUCGCGACUUUGAUGACGCAAAUUCUCGCACGAACGACCAAACUUCUCGAUGGACGAAAGACGGUUAAGAUGACGGGUCGUGUAUACUUGAGAGCUAUCGUGCCUAUUGGAAUCUUCUUCAGUUUGAGUUUGAUUUGCGGAAACUUGACAUAUCUCUAUCUCAGUGUUUCUUUCAUUCAAAUGCUCAAGGCUACUACUCCUGUCGCAGUCUUGCUCACCAGUUGGGCUCUGGGAGUUGCCGAACCUAACAUGAAAACGCUCUUCAACGUCUCCUUCAUUGUUAUCGGUGUCGUCAUCGCAUCCAUUGGAGAAAUUGACUUUGUGGUCAUUGGUGUUCUUUUCCAAAUUGGAGGUAUCAUCUUUGAGGCUAUUCGAAUUGUCAUGGUUCAAAGACUUCUCAGCUCUGCCGAGUUCAAGAUGGACCCAUUGGUAUCCCUUUACUAUUUCGCUCCAGUUUGUGCCAUCAUGAACUUCUGCGUCGCACUUUUCUGGGAAAUUCCAACCAUGACCAUGGGCGAUUUCUACAAUGUUGGAUUCUGGACUCUUUUGGCCAAUGCGAUGUGCGCAUUCAUGUUGAACGUUUCCGUUGUAUUCUUGAUUGGCAAAACGUCCGUUCUCAUCUUCACUCUCUGCGGUGUUUUGAAAGAUAUUCUCCUCGUCUGUCUUUCCGUCAUCAUCUGGGGAACUUUCAUUACCCCACUCCAAUGCUUCGGAUAUACUAUUGCUCUCGGUGGAAUGGUUUGGUUCAAGCUUGGCGCUGAAAAGAUCAAGGGUUAUCUUGCAGAAGGUGGACGCCAAUGGGCAGAUCUCGGUUCCCGUCGACCAGUUCUCCGCAAAGUUAUCGUCUUUGGUCUUAUUAUUACCACCAUUUUCACUCUCCUCGGUGGAUUUGCACCCUCAUACGAUAUCCACGCAAGCGAAUAUAUUAAUGCCGCUAAAAACGCCGUUGGAAGCUCGUAAAGUGUUUCUUUGUUAAACACCUUGCCGAAGCAUAUUUCUUUUCGCUUCGGUAAUGGAUAAGAAAAGUUUGGGGUAUAUCAUUCUAUUGUAAACCAUAUACCAUAUGAUGUGGUUCAAUGGGUUGGAUCAAUUGAACCAUGAGAUGUCUUUCAAAAGUACAUACUAGACGCCCCUGCAUAUUGUGCUCUUAUGCCAUUAUACAAGUAGCUUAGUUAGCUCGGUCUGGCACUAGCGUUAUUAUUUUCUUUGCGAUACUUGAUACGAAUUUUCUUCUUGAUAAUUCUUUUUACAGAAGCGGGCAUGAUGUUUUACAAUAUCAUGUUUGACAUGAAAGAUAGUAUCGUUAAUAGACGAAUGAAUGGUCUGGUUUGGGGAAUGCACGGAUAUGCAUGCAUUCAUGUAUAAAAUGGGGACGGUGUAUGAUUUUCUAGGUUGAUUGUGUGAAUAGCAAUGUGUGAAUAGCAAAUAUGUUAGAAGAUCACUAUAGAAUUAAAGUUAUAUACAUAUAUA